CGGGGCCCCUUGGGCUUCUGGUCCUCCUUUUCCAGGACGCCAGGCCCUCCAGCCCCGCCUCCUCGGGGCCUGCGAGGCUGAGAGAGUGUGACCUGUUGCCCAAGGCCACCCAGUGGGCCUCCAGGGCUGGGGAAUGAUUCCAACCCCGGUCUCCAGAGUCACUCAGUCAAACACUGAGACCACUAGGCCGCAAUGGCUCUCUAACAACAGUGACGUUUGUGCAGAGAUACAGCCCUGGAGUCAGUCUCUGGAGUCAGUGCCAGAGAGACUGUGUCACACCUUUCAGACUCACUGAAAGAAAGAAAGAAAGAAGUGGGCAGCAGGAGCUUUCCUAGACUAAAGUCUACUUCCUCAGAUGCAUUUGGCACAUGGGAAUAAGAGGGAAUGCAAUGGCUUCGGACGAUGGCGGUUUCGAGAGUGGAGUGUACAACAACACAGCCAUUGAUACCCCACACCUGGAUGCCUUAGCCCAGCGCAGUUUGAUCUUUCGAAAUGCCUUCACCUCUGUCAGUAGCUGUUCUCCUAGCCGGGCCAGCAUCCUGACAGGCCUGCCCCAGCACCAAAAUGGCAUGUAUGGAUUGCACCAAGAUGUGCAUCACUUCAACUCCUUUGAUAGUGUUCGGAGCCUCCCCCUGCUGCUCAGCCAGGCAAGGAUCCGGACUGGAAUCAUUGGAAAGAAACAUGUCGGGCCCGAGGCAGUGUAUCCCUUUGACUUUGCCUACACUGAGGAGAAUGGCUCCGUCCUUCAAGUAGGAAGGAACAUCACUCGAAUCAAACUACUUGUUCGGAAAUUCCUCCACAGUCAGGAUGAGAAGCCCUUUUUCCUCUAUGUUGCCUUCCAUGAUCCUCAUCGCUGUGGCCAUUCCCAACCCCAGUAUGGAGCCUUCUGUGAGAAAUUUGGCAACGGAGAGCCUGGAAUGGGCUGGAUCCCAGACUGGAAACCCCAGCAGUACAGCCCAGAGCAAGUGCAGGUCCCAUAUUUUGUGCAGGAUACACCAGCUGCUCGAGCAGAUUUGGCUGCUCAGUACACAACCAUUGGGCGCAUGGAUCAAGGCAUUGGUCUUAUUCUGGAGGAACUACGGAGUGCUGGCUUCCACAACAGCACACUUGUCAUCUACACUUCAGACAAUGGUAUCCCCUUCCCCAGUGGCAGAACUAACCUGUACUGGUCAGGCACAGCUGAACCUCUCCUUGUGUCCUCGCCAGAGCAUCCAGCACGCUGGGGUCAAUUUAGCAAUGCCUAUGCCAGCUUAUUGGAUAUCACCCCCACCAUUCUGGAUUGGUUCUCUGUGCCAUAUCCCAGCUACAGCCUCUUUGGAAAGCGACUGGUGCAACUCACUGGGAAGUCAUUGCUGCCAGCGCUGUCUUCGGAGCCACCAUGGGCAACUGUGUUUGCAAGCCAGAGCCUCCAUGAGGUGACCAUGCACUACCCCAUGCGGGCUGUACAGCGGGGGGCCUUGCGCUUCAUUCACAAUCUGCAGAACCGCACUGCCUUUCCCAUCGACCAAGACUUCUAUGUUUCACCCACCUUCCAGGACCUGCUGAACAGGACCCAGGCAGGGCAGCUCACUCACUGGAACAAGACCCUGCACAGUUACUACUACCGGGAACGCUGGGAGCUAUAUGAUCACAGUAUUGACCCCACUGAGAGCCACAAUGUAGCUUCUGACUCCCGCUAUGCCCAGGCUCUUGAGGAGCUCCAAGGGCUGCUGCUGAAAUGGCAGUGGGAAACAGAUGACCCCUGGGUCUGUGUGCCUGAUGGAGUCCUGGAGGAUAAGCCCAGCCCCCAGUGUCGCCCACUCCAUAAUGAACUGUGAUUUUAUUCUUCCUUCCUCUUGGUGAUGACUACUAACUUCCUCAUUUGGAAGGGAGACAACAGGAAAAGAUCUCUUGUAAAUCAAAUCUGUUCGCGUAAAACAUGCAACUGCUGCAGUUUCCAGAGCCUAAAUGGUGGUGAGUUAAUGAGUGGAGGAAGGGCCAGAGUCAAAUGCAAAAGCACGAUUGCUACCCACAGCAGGGGAAAUUAAGCCUGUCAGCAUUUUAAUUACGACCUAUGCAUACACUAUCUUAUCCUGUAUCCUCAAAAUAUUUGAUGCCAAAGCAGUACCCCAAAGUACCCAAUGGAGGACUCAGUAGCUGGUCUGCCCAAUAACACAACUAGCUGUGGGAUGACAAGGUGGGCUGGUCUCAUCCCGAUUAUGGUCAACGAACAUGUCUUUGACAGGAUUAAGUCUGAAGGUAUUCAGAAGAACCCUUAGUUUAGCCUUUUCCCAGGAUAGUUCUGCCUCAGAACACACAUAAGGCAGACACUGAAGAGAUAUUCAUUAUGAAGCAUCCAGCAUCUUAGCAUGCUAAGAGAAGGCAAAUCUAAAAGAGCCUUUGCAAUUGUGUAAGUUUAUGAAACAACUUGUCAGAAGCAGCCAGAUGGAACUGGCUUUUUUAACAUGCAAGUUCUAGCACAGCUGAAAAUAAUAUUUUUGGAACAAUUGAAAUAAAUAAAUUGUCUUGGUGCUGAUGCUAGUUUGCCUGAUUGUGGUUGCAUAGCAUGGAAAACAACUAAAUUGUAGAGACUACAAUUUUUUUUUAUUUAUGCAUUAUACUGUAUUGAAAAGUAUGUGUCUACUUCGAGAUUUUAGUGCAAUUCUUUACAUGUCUUCUAAGAAGUAACCCUGAGUUGUGGGGUUUACUUCCAAGUAUAGUGUAUGUGAAGUUACAUCCUAAUAGAUGGUAUAGUAUCUAUACUA